AGGUACUUCCUCUUUUAUCAAAACAAUAUUUCAGUAUCUACACUCGCAAUUAAAACCACAUUUUCAUGAAGAAACAAUAGUUUUGCCAUCAAGCACUAUUCAUCAGUGACAAAAUGAUGUCCCUAGCAUCAUCUGGUCGUAUCGGGAGACAAUACUUCUACCGCACUGUGAAGAUUUUGACAGCUGAAUCCAAUGGACAAAAAUUGCAAGUUCAGGGUUAUGCAAGUGACAAUGGCAAAUCAGACACAGCUGAACCCAAUGGAUUUCAAGCUGCAUCUAAUGGCACAGGUUUCGAUUUAAGCAGUUCAAAAUCCUUUGAUCAAGCAUACUCAGAGCAUGGCAACAUUUCGCAGCCUAUAAAUCUUUCAUGUUCGGCACCAUCUCUUGAAGGACACCAAGCCAAUGAACACGAGUUUUCCCCUUCACAUCAACAGGAUAUUUUGAAUAACUCGAAUCGUGUUACUUUAAAUACAGAGAUCAAUGAUAUGACACCAGGUGUAGCAGGAGGGGAUCAAAGUGGACAGCAGCAAAAUAGUGACAAUCAUGUUCCGUUAUAUGAUAGCAAGACAUAUGUCAGCCUCUAUGGAGUUAUGCAAAGCAAUGUCCCGGAACCGUAUCAACCUCCUGAAACUUCAAACCAGGCAGAAACGCAUGGUCAUGGUGAAUCACAUCUCCAAAUGCCAAGUGGAGGUGUUGUCAUGGGGGAUAAAUUCAUGUCCAGCCAUCGUAUGGACACUCACGCAACCACUCAUAUUACUAAUCCUAAACGAAAAUUUUCCUCAUCUGUCGCUCACAGAUCUGCCAUCACUACCCAUGAUACAUUAGAAAUGCAAGUUGAUAGCCCACAAGGAAUACAAGGUGAAGACGAUGUUAGAUUCAAGAUUUGGAUGGAAAACUGCAGUCGAUUUGGAUUUGCCAACUGUUUCGACCAUCUACAAGGUGUACAGUCCGGAAGUAAAACCCUUCACGAAAUAUUCGCUGAGCAAGAUGAAUUGAUUCGAGAAGCUGCUGAAAGGUAUCGGGCAAGUACAUCUACCCAGGAUCAAAAACUGGACAACCCUCUGACAAAGGCCAUGCUAUCUGGAGAACAUCCAUACCCCCAGGGGAUACAAGGUGAUCCUGAUGAAUGUAUCAAUCUGAAACUCUGGAUGGAGAACUGCAUUCGCUAUGGGUUCACAAAUUGUGACGAUAUGCUCCAAGGGGUUCAAACUGGGAGAAAAACUCUAUCGCAAGUGUUUGAGGAACAAGAGCAGGAAAUACGGAAAGUGGCAGAGCAUUAUCGCAACAUCUCCUCUGGGUCAGGAUCUUCUGGGUCUGAUCCCAAGCAGGUGGGUAGCUCAGAAUCAUCACCCCAGGGUGGGCCCCAGGGUAAUACCCCUCCCCCAGAAAAAGAACUUUCAGCAGGUGCUAAGCUUAAGAGAGCGGUAAAGGAGUAUGGGUCGACAGUUAUUGUGUUCCAUGUCAGCAUUUCUCUGAUGUCUCUAGGGGGCUUCUAUUUAGCGGUGUCCAGCGGGAUUGAUAUGGUCAGCUUUCUACAAAAACUGGGCGUUGGACAAUCUAUCCUUGAAUCAAGGUUAGCAACAGGAACUGGAACAUUUGUCGUGGCAUACGCUGUACAUAAAGUCUUCGCACCAGUCAGGAUAGCAACAACAUUAACGUGUACUCCACUUAUUGUGAGAUACUUAAGGAGUAAAGGUAUCCUAAAGAAACCAGUGGUGAAAGGAUAAUGGUGAUAAUUGAGCAACAGCAAUUUCCUAGCUUUGGAAUAUUAAUUUUUUGUGAGGAAUUCAGCUGCAUCAUUUUCCUGAUAUGACAACUUAUAGUAACCUAAUUUUGCUGGUAAAAUGUAAAUAAUUGUUACAGGAAUUAGAAGAGAUGGAGAACAUAAAGUUUGGAAGCAAUCUUAUUGAAGAUUUAAGAUGCAGAAAUUUCCAAAUUCCUAAUGGGAUAUCCAUUUUUAUGUCCCCACCACAUAGUGUUUGAUUUAUCCACCACAUGGUGACCCUAUAAUUGUUUCUAAAACUUCUAGUUCCUUUAAGUACUCUAAGACUGUGAUCAA